AUGAGUACAUUACAACUCGAGGCGAAUUCUUCGGUCGAUGAUCUUUCUGCACUACCGGAAGGAGAUCAACAUCAUCUGGAUGCUUUGGAACAUGUGGACGCUGUCGAUUUGAUGGAACCCGAUUCUCUGGAAGUCUCUACUCCACCACCUGAGACGGCUCAGACUCAGAAGCUAUGCCAUUAUUGCAAACAAAUGUUCUCUACAAUUGAGAACCUGAAACGUCUCGCCUCCAGAAAAGGCUAUAAGCACAACACUGUAAUAGGGGUUAAAAACGCAGCGUUUCGCGGAUGCGGGUUAUGUAAAUUUAUAGAAGCAACCUUUGAUUCAUUCGGAAUUGGAAAUUCGUACGUGACGUUGCACACUCGGCUCGCUGAGAAAAGGAUCGAAGAUAGACUGCUCCUUUCCAAGAGGAUCUCGAUGUUUGUUAAAGAAUGCUUACUUCCGAGACUCAAGGGAUCUGCUAAAUUAACUAAAUAUCCGUAUCAUGGAUGCAAAAUUGAUGAACUUGAAGUCAACACCUCCGAAUAUCCAUCCAACCGGCUUUGUAUUUUGGCUGAUGAAGGGAGUCGGGCGGGUGUGUAUAUUGUGCGGCAACCUCUUGUAACCAAGGAUAAUUUUGAAAGGAUCAUCCCCCAAAUAAAGAAAUGGUUAGAUGACUGCCGUCAUCAUCACUCAAAGCUUUGUCGAUAUUCUACACCAAAAUUACCCACGAGAGUACUUCGAAUAGAAUCUGAAACCAAAAGUCUAGUUCGCCUACAUGUGAGUAGACCCGAUCAUAAAGACGACUAUAUUGCUUUGAGUUACUGUUGGGGAGGACCUCAGAGCUUCACAACAACCAAUUCUACUCUGGAACAAAACAAGCGUGGCUUUGAUAUUGAUAAUCUACCUUUGACCUUCAAGGACACGAUUCUCAUCGCGAGGAAACUUGGAAUACGAUACAUUUGGAUUGAUGCACUGUGCAUCAUCCAAGAUAGUGAUCUUGAUAAAGCCAGAGAGAUUGAGGCAAUGGGAGACAUUUUUAAGAAUGCCACGGUGACAAUAUCUGCGGCAAGCGCAACUUCAGUAGACGGGGGGUUAUUCAAUCAUAGACCCUCUCCAGAGUUACUAGAGAUCCCAUUCUGCUUGCCGGACAAAUCCCUGUCGAAGGUAUAUAUUUCUAAGAUAAAACUCAUCGGAGAGUCUCGAGAUCCUAUAAAUCGCAGAGCCUGGUGUUUCCAGGAAUCAAUACUAUCACCCAGACUGCUUUCGUUUCGAUCUACGGAGCUACUAUGGCAUUGCCAGUCUUUGAAGUACGAGCCAGUGGCGAAAAGUAUUUGGACGUACAUGCAGGCAAACGCUAAAGUACCUGCAAAUAUCUUUGGACGCGACGUAGCAAUACAAUUACCAGACGCCCUUCAUCGCGGUCAGAUUUGGAACUCUAUUGUUGAAGACUUCACGGGGCGUGAUCUUACAAAUCCUGAAGAUCGCUUGCCUGCCAUAUCUGGUAUUGCAAAAGAACUCGCUUUGGUAUGGAAUGACGAGCAUGUUUUUGGCGUAAUGAGAAGCACAGUCGAACAACAUUUGUCUUGGAUGGUGCUUCCUCGGCACGAACUUGAUACGCAGCAUGAAAAUGCGAGAAAUGAUCGUGUUCCUUCCUGGUCUUGGGUCUCAAUUGAUUGUCCGAUUUACUUUUACACUUUCCAACCGGUUUUAAAAAUCACAUGUCUUGAGAUUGGCAACACACCAGAGUCCGGGAAACUCGUUCUCAAAGCCAAAGCUCUCUCUUUGAAAGUCCAGCUGAUGAAUAGCGAGCAAGAAAAAAUCUUCCAAAAGUUUUACGAUGUCCCUGAGGAUCUCAAGGCCGAAGCAUGCACACUCGUGCUACUGAAAGAAAGGCCGGAUUCCCAUCCUCGUGGAUUUAAUCAGUCGUUUUUGAUUUUAAAAAGACUGGACAACGGAUACUAUCGGCGUGUUGGUCUAUUUGACCGUGACCUCAGCGGACACGCCUUGAACGAUUGUAUGCAACCUAAAAGUCUUAGGAAUUUAUUCGAUGCUAUUGAGAUGUCUCAAAUAACUAUUGUUUAG